AUGGAAUCCAGUACAAACCCAGACCCUGCUGCGCUGGCCCUACAAGUUCAGUCGCUGUCAGCAACCGUGGAAGAACUCACAAGACAGAACCAAGAAAUGAAACAACGACUACUACAAGAAAGCAAUCGUGCGGAUAGGGGAGACGAUGAAGACAGCAACAGAAGGCGGACAAGUACUCCAGAAGAAGCAAGUUCGGACCUAUUGAGAGAAAUGAGGAAAGAGAUGGACGAGCUAAGAAACGCCAUAAAAGGAAAGACAGACCAAAGUUUGGAGAGAAUCGUCCGGAAGACGGAUUCGCCCUUUACCAUAGCUGUCCAAGAGUGCCCUGUACCCUCCAAAUUCCGUCUACCACAACUAGAACCUUUCGACGGACUGAAAGACCCCUUGGAUCACCUGAAUACCUUCAGGACGACCUUAGGCCUCCAACAGCCACCUGACGAGAUCUUCUGUCGCUCAUUCCCUACGACCCUCAAAGGAGCAGCCAGGGAAUGGUUCAACAAGUUGCCAACAUCGUCCAUCGACAAUUUCGAACAGUUGAGCAACUCCUUUGUCCGUCACUUCGUGGGGGGGCAGCGACCAAAGAGAACUGCCGACCACUUACUUACCAUCAAACAAGGAGAGAAGGAACCACUGAGGUCCUACGUGACACGCUUCACCCGAGGAAUGUUGGAAAUAGAUGAGACGGAUGACAAGGUACAUCUCACAACCUUCAAAGCAGGAUUGAAGUCCAGGGAUUUUGUAGCAUCCUUGGCAAAAAAUCCCCCUAAGACGAUGGCUGAGACACUGUUAAAGGCUCAGAAGUACAUGAACGCGGAGGAAGCUCUGGCAGCUAUUGAUGGAGCAGAUAAGAGCAGGGAAAAGAAGAAGGAAAAGGAGGACGAUCGAAGAGGGCUAAAACGAGAACGUCAUGACAGGAGAAAUGACGACCGAAGAAGGGACGAUAAAAACCCUCGUCCGUCAAAAUUCACCCCGCUGGCGAUGUCCGUAGAUCAAAUUCUAACAGAAAUAAGGGACGAACCAUCCCUAAAGUGGCCAAAACCACUCCAGUCAGCACCUGGAUUACGCGAUAAAAGGAAAUACUGCCGUUUCCAUAAAGAUCACGGGCACUACACGGAGGACUGCAGGGACCUGAAAGAGCAGAUUGAAGAGCUCAUCCGUAAUGGGAAGCUACAACAGUACGUAAAGAGGGGGGAUUUCAGCAGGUACGGACAGAAGAGCCAGCCAGUGAAUGCACGAAGAGACGAAGAUCGCCACCAACCUCGUCCACAGAAUGCGCUAGGGGAAAUAAAAACCAUCGCCGGGGGACCAACCGCCGGAGGAUCAUUCAAGUCUCUCAGGAAGUCAUACCAAAGACAGGUAAACAGCGUCCACAGUGUACCACCGUCAAAGUAA